CCGAAUCCAAUUUUUUAAAAUAACCAAAAACUAUAGACGAUAGAUUACGGCAUUUAAUCAUAUGACAAAAUCAAUGUUCCGAACCCCGAUUAACAAUCCAGCGCAAAAUCGCAGCGGUGAAUCCAUUUAAGGAUUUAUUUAUUUAUUUUAGCAAGGAACGGUAAUGGCGAUGGAGCAAUUUGGAGGAAGGCUGUAAAGGGGACAGAGACUAGCUGUCCGUCGCCUGUGGUCUGACUUUCUUCCACGACCGCUGUCGUUGACUCUGCAUUCUUCGAUUUGUUGUUUUUUCUUCGAGCAAUUGCAGUAUUCGAAAUCGAACAAGUGAUUUUAGUGCCGUUCGACAAAACCCCUGUUUUGAUCUUGUCUGGUUUUUCUUGGGAGGUUUAAUGGCGGAAGACCUCUGUCUCUUCGCGAAGGAGACGGCGAUCGUUAUAAAGCCUCCCAAGAAAUCGCCGGCGUCGUUGAGAGUAUUAGUCUUAGUAUUCGCGAUGGUUUGCGGCGUUUACAUAUGUUCGAUCAGUCUAAAGCAAACUAAUGAUCGGAUCACCGCUAAGUACCUAAAUGUCCAAGUUAAUUGGAGUCAUUGUCGCGACAAUACUAUUGAUCGGUCCCAAAUUCCAUACUUGCACUAUCCCCGGCCCUCCACGUUUAGCCGAGCGGAGUGCGGCUGCAAUCCCGUCCGUCUAUUUGCAAUUAUUUCGAUGCAGCGAUCCGGGUCCGGCUGGUUCGAAACUUUGCUGAACAGCCAUUGCAACGUGAGUUCGAACGGAGAAAUAUUCUCGGUGAAAGAAAGGCGGAGUGACGAAUCUUCGAUCUUGGCUACUUUGGACCGGGUUUACAAUCUCGACUUUUUUACGAGCGCGUCGAAGAAUCAGUGCUCCGCAGCCGUCGGAUUCAAGUGGAUGCUCAAUCAGGGAGUGAUGGAUCAUCAUAAAGUUAUCGCCGAGUAUUUCAACGAUAGAGGCGUUUCGGUUAUAUUUCUCUUCCGAAGAAAUCUGCUGCGUCGGAUGGUUUCGGUUCUUGCUAAUUCAUACGAUCGGUAUGCGAAGCUCUUGAACGGGACACACAAGUCGCACGUCCACUCUCACGAAGAGGCUGAAACUCUGUCUCGAUACAAACCGACGAUCAAUUCGACGUCGCUUGUAACCGAUUUGAAGCUCAUGGAGAAGACGGUUAUGGAGGCUCUUGAGUACUUCAGCAGCACCCGACACAUCGUCCUGUAUUACGAAGAUCUCGUAAAAAACCGUACUAAGCUCGUCGACGUGCAAAACUUUCUCGGGUUGCCAGUGACGGAGCUAACGAGUCGACAGGUGAAGAUACACAGAGGAUCAUUGUCGGAUCACAUUAUGAAUUGGGAUGACGUAAAUGCGACUUUACGAGGGACGAAUUACGAGAGGUUCCUUAACACUGACUACUCGACUAAUUAAAAAAGAAAAAAGGAGGGUUCAUCGAUCGGGUAAGUUAAAAAGCAUUCGAUUUCUUCGUUUGGACGGAUUUUAACUAAUCUUAGUUUUUGGCUUCUUUAGCGUUUUUUUGAUUUGUUGCCCAAUUUUUCUACAUCUACGGGUCGUUUAAUUCUAAGCGUUCGAGGAUGUGUAUAUAGGCGCGCUCUUUUAACUUAAUGUACAAUAUUUGCUAAUGAAUGGAAAUCUCGAAGCAGUUUUUCACUA